AUGAGGAAGGAGUAUGUCUGUUAUAAGCAAGGAGAUUCCAAAGUUGAAGGAGAAAAGCAUAAGAGAGGAUUACCAAAAGUGGGUUGUAAAGCGAGAAUUGCAGUUGUGAGAAAGAAGGAGUCUGGAAGAUUUGCAAUCUCUGUAUUUGUUGAGGCUCACAACCAUCCAUUAACAAGCCCGCCUAGAGUACAUUUGUUGAGAUCUCACCGUUGUGUUUCAGAAGUUAACACAGUUCUAUCACAGCAACUAAGCUUGGUGAAUGUGGAGAAACAUAAACAGUUUGAAUUAUUUGGUGUUCAGGCAGGUGGCAUUCAAAAUAUUGGUUUUAUACAGUGUGAUCUAUAUAAUUAUGGAAGAACUUGUCGUGAAGAGAAGAAGGGGCGUGAUGGAGAUCUACUAUACAUGCAUUUUGAGAAUGAGAAAGAAAAAGAUUCUUCUUUUGUCUAUACAAUGGAUGGAGAUGAGGAAAACAGAGUAACACGGUGCUUUUGGGCUGACUCAAUUUCAAGACGAGCUUAUAGCUUUUAUGGAGAUGUAUUUAUCUUUGAUACUACAUACAACACAAAUCGGUAUGGAAUGAUUUUUGCACCAUUCACUGGUGUUAACAAUCAUGGGCAGACAAUCAUCUUUGCUUGUGCAUUCUUGAAUGAUGAGACAGCCGAUACUUUUGUUUGGUUAUUCAAGGAAUUUCUAAAUGCUAUGCCAGGAGAUGCACUAGAAAAUGACCCCAAGAUGAUCAUUACCGACCAAGAUCCUGCUAUGACUAAAGCCAUUUCAGAAUUAGACGCGAUUAAAUAUCGGGAUUUCUACCAAGACUUUCAUAGCUGCAUAUGGAAUUCAAGUAGUAGAGAGGAGUUUGACUCAAGAUGGAUUGAAAUUAUUGAGAAGAGUGGGUUGAGUGAUAACAAGUGGCUGGAGUCGAUAUACGAAAUUCGUUCAUCAUGGAUACCAGCAUAUGUCAAUCAUGUUUUCUCAGCUGGAAUGUCAAGUAGUCAAAGAGCAGAGAGUCAACAUUCUUUCUUCAAGAAUUAUGUUUCUAAGUGGAAUUCAUUGGUGGAAUUUAUGGUUCAGUUUAAAAGGGGACUUCUUCACCAACGACAUUAUGAGUUAGAGGAGGAUCAUAUUAAUAUUGAUGAGAAGGCAAAAACUGUCAUGUCCCUUGACAUAGAAGAUCAUAUGGCCAAGGUUUAUACACGUAAACUAUUUGAUGAAGUUCAAGAACAGUUGAGAGAGAGCUUCAAAUAUAAACUUGAACUUGUGUUUGAAAAUGUCACUCAAGAACAGUUUAAGGUUAUACGAAAGAACAUUGAUACUUGUAAGUCUCAUGAACUUACUUAUGAAAAGGAAUCUGAUUUUGCAUCAUGCAGCUGUAGAAUGUUUGACAGUCAAGGUUUCCCAUGUCGGCAUGUUUUGGCAUAUUUGAUUAAGAUCCAAGAUGUUGAUAAAUUGCCAAUUCAGUACAUCUUGAAUAGAUGGACUAAAGCUACAAGACAUAGAGUUGUGUUAGAUUGUAAUGGAAUGGAGAUAAAAGAUAACAAAGCUUUACUUGCAAGGAGGACUAAACUAUUCCAGCAUGCUACAUAUGCAAUUGAUAAGGUUAUGGUGAGUGAUGAGGCUACCAAGGUUAUGGUGAGUGAUGAGGCUACCAAGCUGUUUAUGGAAGCAUUGGAUGCUUUUUUGGAGAAUAUUAAACCAUUAAUUAGUAAUGAAGGUGGACAAACUACAGUAGAUUUGGAGACCGAGACCAACAAUGCUACUAUUCGGCAUGUUUUUAAUGAACCACAUCAAGUGAGAGCAAUUAAAAGGGUGUGGGAGUAG